CUAAAGGGAGCCGCUCGGGCGUCGCGGACUUAUCCCAAGGCAAUCCCGAUGCUUCUCUACAGCCAGCGGGCGCUGGCUGGGCCGCCAACUAGCUGUAUGGCGCUCUUAUCUAAGGCCCCGGGGUCUUGACACCAGCCGCAGGAUCGUCUCACGUAUGUGGCGUGUGUCACAACAUGGUAAAGCAUGGCAAAACAGGGCAAUGCCCUGCGGCAGCGAGAAAUGCGUUGCCGGGCCCGCGUCUGAGUUGGUUCAGGCCGAGAUGUUCGUGACCAGGGCCAGACGCCAGCGGGUAUACGUUCCAGACCUGUGUCGGAAAUCGCUAGUGGCUGACGGCCUAUGGUCUGUAGGUGGUUGGGGCGAUCCAUUACAGGUGCUAGACCAACCGACGCCAUCUUGUGUACCUACAUGGCGCACCCGUUAUUUUUUGCGAGAGGGCGACGAGAGCAGGCAGGGGCGGCACUGCCAGCCCACUCAGCCAGCUGGGCGGGGAUAAGGUUCCGAGUCGAGAAUCAUUAACUAUAACUUGCGGUCAGGAAAAUGGGGAAGAAACAAGCGAGUGAGGCUGAUGGACGGAAAAAGAAAUAAAAAAAU